GCCUGCUGAGCCCACGUGCCAGGAGAAGGGGAGUGUGGGCUAGGCAGGGAGCUGGCCUACUUGCUCAGCUCAUCGUCGCUCAGAACCUGUCCCGACUUUGACCAGCCUCUCCUGCACCCUACCAGCAGUCCCAUCGUUAAGGACCUCCAGCCCUUCCUAUAAAAUGAUGACCAUCUCAAGAUAGCCACGGGAGACGAGCCUGUCUGGUCGUAUAGGCAGCCCCGAACCUCAAACAGUGUCUCUGCAGCCACAGACCACCUCACUCCUGUUCUCACUGAGGCACCAGCCUUGCAAUAGACCCAGAUGCCAGCUGUGCCCCUUUAUCAGCAUGACAUCAUCACUGGACCAAACAUGACCUCUACCAAUGUCAUAUAAGCCAUCACCUGCUUGCAGUGCUUCUGUUGUACACUGGACAGCUGGGCAGUCCUUAUGCAAGAGAAAGCACAGAUACUGAGCUGACAUCAGUUGCAGAAAGACAUGCAAGCCCGUGGCCGUGCGCUGUAAUCUCCCUGGACCGUCCAGCACCGACCUCAGGGUAGCUGUUCUUUGACAAGGAAACUUUAAAACCCAAUGUGAAUGCAAAACAGCACAGCAAGAAAUCCUCUGCAGGCUGGUGUGUGUGUGACGUGCAGUCUAAAUGCAGACUCUGGAUUUUUAUCACAUUACCUGGAUCAACUUUUAUGGCCCCUACAGGGGCUGUGAAGAGCACUGCAUCAGGCUCCCAUCAGCUGCAGCCCUGGUUGGUGGGCCUGACGGCUGUCGUGGUCUUCCUCUUCAUCGUCUUCCUGCUGAUGAUCAUCAACAGAGUCUUGUGCUACAAGAAGCACAGGGAUGAGGAGGAUACCCAGGGACAACAGACUGAUACCAGGCUCACCCCCAACGGCUAUGAGAACCACGCGCUGCAGGAGCAGCCGGAGGAGCAGGAGGAAGGGGCGAAGGCAAACAAAACCACCCCUCUGUGAGGGUGCGCUGCCCUGCUGGAGCCUGCUGCACCGAUCUGCCCUAGACACACCUGCUUUGAGACAAACCAGUCAGCUCUUGGCUGCUUAGCUCAGCUCAAGGAGUCUCUUGCCCACGUCAGACCCCACUUGUACCCACCACUGCCCCCAGCUACAACAGUGCCACGGGCUGCUCUAGGCUGCUGGAUCCUGUCUUGCUCCACGCUGGUGCUCUCUGUUCAGUGCCCCCCCAGGCAUUAACCUGUGACUUGCACUGCUGUGCCUGGUGUUGUUUAUUAUAUCCUAAGAGUUCA